AUGUCAGGACCGUACGGACAACCUGGUUACAAUCCCCAGUAUCAGAAUCCUUACCCAGCUGGAGGUGGGCCGCCACCCGGUUGGGCUCAAGGGGGACAGCAGCAGGGUAGGUCAUCUAACUUCAGUGAAUAUGACUAAUA